AUGUAAUUUGCCCUUUUUUCAACAAUGAAAUUUAAAUCAAUAUAUAGGAUUGUCUUACAACAAAGAAAAACUAACCCAUCCAUCUUCACAGGGAAGAAGCUUUCCUACUUUUUUAAAUGCCUACCACUACAUUAUCAGUUUCUUUUCUGAUACUUCUCUAUCUAUACUUGAAAUUCAUGGCUUUAGCUGAAGAUGAAAACCAGUUCAUCUACAAUGGCUUCCAUGGAGCCAAUCUUCACCUUGAUGGGGAUGCACAAAUCCAUCGCAAUGGUUUAUUGCAACUAACCAACACUUCCGUCAGACAAAGCGGCCACGCUUUUUACCCACUUCCAAUAAGAUUCAAUGCAUCCUCAUCCAGGUUACCCCAAGGCCUUUCGUUUUCCACAAAUUUUAUAUUUGCCAUGGUUUAUGAGAUAGAGAAUUAUAGUGGUCAUGGAAUUGCCUUUACCAUCUCACCAUCUACAAACUUCACCAAAGCUUCACCAGCCCAAUUUUUGGGACUCCUUAAUUCUAACUGUAAAGGCAACACUUCAAACCAUCUAUUGGCAAUUGAGCUUGAUACUGUUAACACCACAGAAUUCAAUGAUAUAAAUGACAAUCAUGUUGGAAUUGAUGUUAACAGCUUAGAGUCUAUUGUAUCAGCACCUGCUUCAUAUUAUUCGAAUAGUGAAGGAAAAAACAAGAGUUUGGAGCUCAUAAGUGGGGAUCCAAUGCAAGUUUGGAUAGACUAUGAUGAAGUGGAGAAUCUACUCAAUGUAACACUAGCUCCUAUCCAAAGCCAGAAACCAAAUCAACCUCUCUUGUCAACACACAUCAAUCUUUCUUCAAUUCUUUUGAAUUCUAUGUAUGUUGGUUUCUCUUCUGCUACUGGCAUGUUUAGAGGUAACCACUAUAUUCUUGGGUGGAGCUUUAACAAAAGUGGGCAAGCACAAAACUUAGACCUUUCGAAGCUUCCUUCACUCCCCUCAAAAAGAAAACCAAGACAGAUUCCACGUCUAGAAAUUACAGUUUCAUUGAUAACGGUAUCCAUUGUGUUGAUUGUUGUAAUAUUGGGAACUGUAUGCUUUGUGUGGAGAAAAAAAUAUGAAGAAAUACGUGAAGAUUGGGAACAAGAAUACGGCCCUCAAAGAUUUUUCUACAAGGAUCUCUACAAAGCUACCAAAGGUUUCAACGAUGAAGAGCUUCUUGGAAGAGGAGGUUUUGGAAAGGUUUAUAAAGGAGUACUUCCCUCCUCCAAGGAGCAAGUUGCAAUCAAGAAAAUCUCCCACGAUUCAAAACAAGGGGUGAAGGAGUUUGUGGCCGAAAUUGCUAGCAUGGGAAGGUUAAGGCAUAGGAAUUUGGUGCAGCUCCUUGGCUAUUGCCGACGUAAGGGAGAGCUUAUCUUGGUCUAUGAUUACAUGCCCAACGGAAACCUUGACAAGUUCCUAUUUAGCAAUGAAAAACCAAGCCUCAAUUGGGCUCAACGUUAUCGAAUCCUCAGAGGAGUAGCAUCUGCCCUUCAAUAUUUGCAUGAAGAAUGGGAGCAAGUUGUUCUUCAUAGAGACGUGAAGGCUAGCAAUGUUUUACUGGAUGCUGAACUAAAUGGACGGCUAGGAGAUUUUGGGCUUGCUAGGUUGUAUGAUCAUGGGGCAAAUACAGAAACUACGAAUGUGGUUGGCACUGUUGGCUAUCUUGCACCAGAGCUUGCAAGAAGCGGAAAGGCAACUACAGGUUCCGAUGUGUUUGCUUUUGGUGCAUUCAUGCUCGAAGUGGCUUGUGGAAGAAGACCCAUAAUGUUACAAGGAUUGCCUGAAGAAAUAAUUUUGGUUGAUUGGGUUUUUGAGAAGUGGAAACAAGGAUCAAUUCUUGAGACAAGUGAUACUAGAUUGGGAGGUGAUUAUUUGGAAGAGGAAAUGUUGUUGGUUUUGAAGUUAGGUAUGCUUUGCUCACAGUAUAAUGAAGCGGCAAGGCCUAGCAUGAGGCAAGUAAUGCAAUACCUGGACGGAAAUGUCUUGUUGCCAGAUAUUCCUCUUCAUACUACAGGUACGGGUACAUUUAGUGUGACUAAUGAACCAUCGUCUGAAUUUGUUGCAUCAUUUCCUUCAUCUGUUUCAAAAUCUUCUGUUCAGUUGAUGUCUAUCACUGAGUCCGUACUCAAUUCCGGUCGUUGAAUUUGGAAAUCAUGGCUUGGAAAUGCUAGAACAUGGUUUGAAUGUUUGACUAAUAAAAAUCAUGUUGUUAUUGUGUAAAAAAGACAUAUGUCCAGUAGUAUUAAUUAUUAGCUCCUCACAUGAAGAGAUGGGAAGAUUGUAAG